AAAAAGUGGUUGGUCUUCAUUAUUGCAGCAAAAAUUUUUCUCGAGUCAUAAAAACCAUUAUAACUACGUGUUUUAUCCAAGCUUGUAAUAUUCCGUUUAGCGUUUGUUUAAUAAGAGUAAGUUUCAACAGUUUUUAAUUGUGCUUUUCGUAAAAUACUAACUAGAAUUUCGUUGAUUUAAAGUAGUAACAGUUUUGCGUGACAAAACGUCAUACUGUUGUUCAUUUUAAUAAGUUUGUGUAAUUCGUGAAAUCUUUUCAGUUAUCUUAUAAUAAUAUCCAUUAAAUUAAAUAUGAACGCAGAAAAAUAUAUAUCUGCAAAAGUCAUUUCUCGUCGUCGUAAUGAAAAAAAUAGUUCUUGUGAAAUGAAGACUGUCGUCAAUCCUCGCUUCUCAUUCGAUGAUACAGAUUUGCAGGAUGGAAAUCACAAGCUGCUGUUACAGGACUCUCUGAGAGGCGGUAUCAACUAGAUAGAAACAUGUUCAACCAAAACACUAGUGAAGAUUACAACUGUUUUACGCCAUCCUAUCAGAAGUUCAGCUUUUACUCAGAACAAAGUGUUGAUGCAAACUCAUCAGUAAAAAUUGACGUGGACACCGAGGAUGUUGGAGUUGGUUCGACAGUUGUGAAACACAUCGGCGUCGGAGAGAAUGCUGCAGGCAGCCAUUUGAGAACUUUACACAAAGAUGUGGUACAGUAUCAGUCUAUGUCCGAAUUUGGUGAAAACAUCGUGAAGUACGUAUGCAGUGAUGAACCAGAAACGGAAACAGAGACUAUGAGUGAAACAGAUAAUUAUGACACAGAUAUCGCCACAAUUGGGUUUGUAUCUGCUUCUACGCUUAAUGAAUUUAAUGGGAAGUCCAGCACUGCAAAUUCACCCAUAGAAGAAAUCAGCUCAAGUUCCACACAUAUGGUUGGCGUAGAAGAGAAACAUUACAUGCUCCCCUCUGAACAAAUUCUGGUCUCAGGAAACAACCUCAUGCAAGGAAGCAUAUUGUUAAAUCUGAGAGAUGUUAGUGAAAUCUCAGUUCGUAAAUGUGGAAAAGUCUGCUCAAUUAAUGAAAAUUUAGUCGAGCCAGUUUUUGAAAAUGCUAGAACUUCAGAUGAAUACGACUCAGAAUCAAGAUUUUGUUUGUAUCUUGACUCGAGUGAGGUAUUUGCUACUCAGAAUAGAAGUGAAGACUUCAAGACGACAUUAGUUUCAAAUGCUUCAUGUGUAAUCGGCCAUAUCCACCAGUGUCUCUCGAAUUUAGAGACAACUUACUGCAAACUGCAAAUUUACGAUGCCAUGAAAAUUUACGUGUGUGGUGCUAGGGAACAACUAAAUGAAAUGCAAAAUGAUCUAAAUACACAAUUAACAUGUAAAGCUCACACAAACAAUAGUGCGAAGAAACACCCUCAGCACACACAAAGUAGUCCACAAAGAGGGUUUUGUACAGAAACUAGGAAACAACAUGGUUAUCAAUACUCCACAAGCAGCAAAACAACACGACCACGAAAAAGCUGCUAUACAUUAGGAAACAACAAAGGUUCAAAAGCUUCAGCUGAGAAGGUUCCAAGUUUUGUUCCUAAAGCUCGAGGUAAACCCAAUGCCAGUCAUACAUUUCAAAAGUUUGCUCCAAAUUCAAAAGCGAAGCAGUCGCACGUAAGAGCCAACAGAAAGUGUUCACAGGAAAGGAUUAUCGGAUCGACAGCAAACCCCGCUUCUGAAUCAUACUGCGAUUCCGAAGAGACCCACGACGAUGGCAUGAUACCCACAACAAUAGUCUCGCCGCGAGAUGAACAGUCGAUAUCGUCAGUAAGUUAUUCUAACAUGUGCAUUACUCCUGUCCCAUGUCCCGAUGUGCACAGUGCAGAAGACUUUGACACGAUUGUUAAGAAAAAGUACCUGAAAACUGGCACACACUUCGUUCCUGGAAGAAAAUCGCAACACAACUCUCACUACGUCAGUGCGAAUCGCGUGGGGCACCUUCUCGGCUUCACCAGGUUGCCAACGAAUGAAGAAACUGCGCCGAGAAGAAGCAGGCGUGAUUUUUCAUGGAAAGAAGCCCAGGCCAAGGCUGAAGAAAAAUUGAAGCACUCCGUAACUUUGACUGGGGCAGAAGAAGAUGGGAAUUCAGCAGCAAAGACUCGUGGGGAGAAUACAGAAAACGCAAACAAGAACGAGUUCAAGGAAAGCAGAUCGAUAACAAAGAAAAAUCUGAAAUCAGUGACCUCGAGAGGGGCGCGGCAGCAACAUCAUCUUUCUCCGCGACGACCAUCAUUCGGCGGUCUGGAAAACGGAAGCGGGGACUUCCCAAGAACUCCGGCACGGGGUUGGUUGACUCAGAAAAGUGGAUGCAACAGCAUCAGGAGGAGCAAGAGGCGUGGCAUCAACCAAGAAGAGAUGCAGAAGCUCGAGUCCAUUCUUACUUGCAUUUGGAACAUGAAGGAGUCUGAGUUCAUCAUCACAUACGAAGUGAGUGAGGAGGUGCCCAUGUACCGGUACACAAAUCCCAUGAACCUGAAGGAGAUUGCGUCGAAACUGCGGCGUAAAGUUUACGAGACAGUGGAGCAACUGGUGCACGAUUUCCGUCGUAUGCUCUUGAACGUGCGUCUUCAUUACGAAGAUGGCGAGGACAAGGAUAUAUUCUACGAGCACAGUUUCACCCUCGGCAGGAGAUUUGACAACCUGCUGCUGGACAACUUCCACGGCUGCGACUUCUCGCAGAUAACCGGCGACCCAGACGAGUUGAGGUCCAGCGACGUCCUCCGCUACAGGGCGUGGGAUGUCGACUCGGAGUGAUGCGCGUCUCGGCGAUGUUCUUCAAAGGUGUGUUUAUCAGGAUGUAAUCGAUAUCAGUGGAACUGCAGUACUUCGGAAAACCGCAUUGUAAUUGUGUUGUGAACUCUUCAAUUGUUUUAAUGUUAUUUUAGUUUAGUAAAAGUUAAUCCAUAA